AUGCUCUAUCCCAUUGAUGCGAUUGAUGAUGCUCUAGAGAUUGUUUGCGUCCCUUUUGACUGGAGAAUCAAACUUUUGCUGGUCAUUGUUGUAAAUGCGGCAGUUUCUGUCCUAAUGGAAAGCUUCAUCCUUGACAUCGUCUUAUGGAAGCUUGUGUUCAGCCGAGACAAACGGGGCAGCUUUGGCGUCGCUUCUACUGCCCCGCCACCACAGGGGAUGUUUGACCUCCGGGUCUACAAGUGUUUGGUCCGACUGUGCUGCCCUCAGAAGAUUAUUCCCAAGGCCCGGUACAUGCAUCUCGCUCAGGAGCUAAGUUUGGACCCUGACUGGCCUCCUAAACCAACCACUACCACCGAAGCCAAUCCUGGUCCAGAAAACAGCUCUAACUUUCACAUUGGAAUAAGCUUGUGA